AUGGCUCCUUCAUCUGAACUAGAAGCUAUUGGUAAUGAUUACUUCAAUUCUUUAAAUGAGUUAACCUUCAAUUCUCGUCCAAUCAUUGUGAACUUGACUGUAAUUGCUCAAGAAAAUAUUGUCGCUGCUCCUUAUAUCACAAAAGCUAUUCAAAAUCGUAUUCAAUCAUGUUUACCAACUCAAAAAUUGUUCACUUUAUACCUAUUAGACUCUAUUUGUAAAAAUAUUGGUAGUCCCUAUACUGUAUUAUUUGGUUCAAAUCUUUACAACAUCUUCACUCAAACUUAUUCUUUGGUAUCCGACCUACAUCGAAAAAAAUUAAUCGACUUGUUUAAAACUUGGUUAACAACUAAAACUGCUACUGGUUUAACUUUAUUUCCAAUUGCUCAACUUCAAAAAAUUGAAGGCUUUCUAGUUCAAGCUGCUCCAUCAAGACAACAACAACAACAAAUCCAACAAAUCCAACAGAUUCAACAAAAACAACAACCAACUUUAAACCAACAAUUUCAACAAUUCAUUAGCCCUAACCCAAUUCAACAACCUCAACCACAACAAAAUAAUUACAAUUACCAAUCUCAAAAUUUUUCUAUUCCAAAUCAAAAUCAAAAUAAUUAUCAAAAUUUGCUCAACAAUAACAAUAAUCAAAUGAUGAUCAACCAAAAACCAACUGAAUUUCAACCGUUUUUACUUCAAAAAUCUUUAAUCAAUACCUCAUCAAUCGAACUUCCUUUACCAACAAGCCAAUCUUUAAUCAGUGAUAUUGACAAUUUAAAUGCAUUAAUUAACAAAAAAUUAACCCUCAAUCAAUCUGAUACAAAAUCAAAAGAGAGAUUAACAAUUUUAUCAACUUUGAAAAAUUUCCUCAGCACCCAAGUUAUGAAUGCUAAUGAUUUACUCAAAAUUAAAAAUCAAUUACAAUCGAUGAUUAAAAAAGAACAAGAAUCAAUGUCUCAAGUUCAAAUCCAAAAUUUCAAUCAAAACUUGUAUCAUAAUCAAAACCAAUUUCAAAACCAAGCUCAAAGUCAAUUUCAAAAUUUAUUGCCCAAUCAAAAUCAAAAUUUAAACCAAAUUCCUAUUCAAAACCAAAACCAAAACCAAAAUCAAAAUAAUUUCAACAACGUUAACACAAAUAUCAAGCCUAUUUUUGGUUCUUUGCAAAACAUUAUUCAAGCUACUGAUCCUAACAAUAUCGCUAAUAGAACAGGAAUUAAUAACAGAAACGGAGGAGGUUUACAAAACUUUUUAAAUCAAAGAAACAAUAAUUCAAAUAAUUUAGUUAAUAGAAAUUCUCAAUUUAAUAGUUUUUCUAAUGUAGCAAACAAUACUAAUACUAAUAAUCCACCGCCAAACUUAAGUAAUUUAUUCCAAUCAUUAAAACAAUUUGGAUUACUUAAUGAAAAGCAAAAUAAUAACAAAAAUUUCCCACCUCAAAAGGACUUUCAAAAUUCUAAUGUAAUUCCUGAUAAUGAAAAUUCUAGCUUGGCUGCUUUCUUUGAAGUUAAUAUAUAUGAUGACAACUUUCUUGAUAUCACUCAAGCAACUUUGAAUGAUAACAAAUUUACAACAAAAUUUCAAAACUUCCUUAAUGCUGAUAAGUUAAACAAUUGUGCCAAAUGUGGUAAAAGGUUUAGUAAAGAUAAUUUACAUUUAAAGGGUGCUCAUUUAGAUUGGCAUUUCAGAGUUCAUGAAAAAUUAAAAGAAUCAAGUUUAGUUCAAUCCAGAAAUUGGUAUAUGAAUGAUAUUGAGUGGAUUGGAUUUGAUGAUCGUGAAACUUUAGAUGAAUUAGAUGAUCCUGAAGCUAAAACCAAAAACCAAAACAACCAAAACAAUUCAGCCUCCUCAGGAAAUAAUAAUGGAAACUCGAAUUCAAACAAUGCUGCCAACAGAGAAGAACACUAUGUGAUUGUCCCCACAGAAUCCACUGAUAUGAACACAAAAUGUGCCAUUUGUAAAGAAGAUAUUCAUGCAAUUUGGAGCGAUGCUUUAGGCGAAUGGAUUUGGGAAAAUUCGAUAAAAGAAGGACCAAAAAUAUUCCACUGGCCCUGUUAUCAAGAGAAUAUAGAUAACAUCAGAAACUCAACUGCUAAGCCAGAAAGUCCUCAGAAAUCUAAGAAGAGAAAUUUUGAUGAAGCCCUUUCUGAUUCUGGCAAUCACUUUGCUGCUUUAUCAUCGUUGUUAAACAAAACAAAACAGAAAACUACUCAGCCUAGUUCUCAAUCAUAUAAUUCUUUGAAUCUCAAUGUAGGAAUUUUGAAAUCUCUUGCCAAUAUUCAAAAUAAUGGCUCUUCUCUAAUGGAAAAUAGGAACAAAGUUCCCAAAAGAGAGACUAUAAUUUAG